GCUGCUGCUGCUGCUCGUCGUGCACCUGAGGAAGCGCCGCCGCUGCCGUCGCCGCCGCCGCCCGCCAUGAACCGCUUCAGGGUGUCCAAGUUCCGGCACACCGAAGCCCGGCUGCCCCGCCGCGAGGCCUGCAUCAGCAACAUUCGUGCGGGGACUGCCACCCCCUAUGGGAACAGCAUCAAGUCAAGUUGCAGCUAUAUUGCCUUCAGCUCGGACCGGCCAGGUGUGCUGGGCAUCGUGCCUCUGGAAGUUCAGGGUGAACACUGGGGGCCCGUGGCCUCCCUGGGCUGCCAUUCAGACCUGCUCACAGACUUGGAUUUCUCACCCUUUGAUGGCUACCUGCUGGCCACAGGCUCUGCUGACCAGAUGGUGAAGCUGUGGCGGUUGGCGGCCCCUGGCCAGCCUCUGCCCUCCGCACCUGGCCUGGUGCUGGGCCCUGAAGGUGCCUCGGUGGCCUCUGUUCAGUGGCAUCCCACUGCCGAUGGUGUGCUGCUCAGCGCAGCAGGCACUACCGCAAAGGUGUGGGAUGCAGUCCAGCAGCGGCCCCUCACAGAGCUCGAGACCCACAGGGAUAUAGUGCUGGGUGCAGCCUGGAGCCGGGAUGGAGCCCUGGUGGGCACAGUCUGCAAGGACAAGCAGCUGCGGCUCUUUGACCCGAGGGCCCAGCCCGAGGCCUCAAAGAGCACACAGGCCCACGAGAACAGUAGGGACUGCCGGCUGGCCUGGACGGGCACCCAAGACUACCUCCUGUCUACCGGCUUCAACCAGAUGCGUGAGCGAGAAGUGAAACUCUGGGACACGCGUCAGUUCACCACUGCUGUCGCCUCACUCAGUCUGGAUACAUCUCAGGGGGCUCUGCUGCCCCUGAUGGACACAGAUACAGGACUCCUGGUCCUGGCAGGGAAGGGAGAGACGCAGCUGUCCUGCUAUGAAGUAGUUCCCCAGCAGCCUGCGAUAAGCUCUGUGACCCAGUGUGUCCUGGAGCACGCGGUACGGGGGGCAGCCCUGGUGCCACGGCAGGCGCUGGCAGUCAUGGGCUGCGAGGUACUGCGUGUCCUGCAGCUGAGUGAUACAGCCAUCCUGCCCAUUAGCUUUCAUGUGCCCCGCAAGGCCGUGCAGUUCCAUGAGGACCUGUUUCCAGACACUGCAGGCUGCAAGCCUGCAUCCGAUGCGCCUGCAUGGUGGGCUGGGAGCAACCAGCAGGUGCCGAAGAUCAGCCUUGACCCUGCCCGCCCCCGGCAUCCCCCCUUCACAUCCUGUUUGCUGCCCCCCAAACAAUUGCCCUCUGCUGCAUCCCCAGCUGUAGAGAUGCCAGCAGGGACCCCAGACCCACACGACACCCUCUCAUCCUUGGGCAGCUCGCUGACCUCGCCCUCCACGCCAUCCAGCCUGGGCCCUUCGCUCUCUAGCACCAGCGGCAUCAGCAUCAGCCCCAGCCAGAGGUCCUUGCACAGCUUGCUGGGUCCCAGUUCCAAGUUCCGCCAUGCCCAAGGCACCGUCCUGCACCGAGACACUCACAUCACCAACCUUAAAGGCCUCAGCCUGACCACACCUGGCGAGAGCGAUGGCUUUUGUGCCAACCCACAGCGUGUGGCCGUGCCCUUGGUUGGCAGCGGGGGACAGGUGGCUAUCCUGGAGCUGCGGAAGCCAGGCCGCCUGCCCGAUACAGCGCUGCCCACGCUACAGAAUGGGGUCGCCGUCACCGACCUGGCCUGGGACCCCUUCGACCCUCAGCGGCUUGCCGUGGCUGGAGAGGAUGCCAGGAUCCGACUGUGGCGGGUGCCCCUGGAUGGCCUGGAAGUUGUGCUCACCACGCCCGAGGCUGUGCUCACAGGCCACACAGAAAAGAUCUACUCCGUGCGCUUCCACCCGCUGGCAGCCGAUGUGCUCGCCUCCUCCUCCUAUGACCUCACUGUCCGCAUCUGGGACCUGCGGGUCAAUGCUGAAUGUCUGCAGCUGCAGGGCCAUCGUGACCAGAUCUUUGGCUUGGCCUGGAGUCCCAAUGGACAGCAGCUAGCCACUGUCUGCAAGGACGGCCGUGUUCGGGUCUAUGCACCCCGGAGCACCCCUGAGCCUCUGCAGGAGGGCCCAGGGCCUGAGGGGGCCCGUGGAGCCCGAAUUGUCUGGGUGUGUGGUGGUCAAUGUCUGCUGGUGUCUGGCUUUGAUAGCCGGAGCGAGCGCCAGCUGCUCCUAUAUGCAGCCGAGGCCCUGGCAGGCGGCCCUCUGGCAGUGCUGGGGCUGGAUGUCGCACCCUCCACGCUGCUGCCCCUCUAUGACCCAGACACUGGCCUGGUGCUGCUCACGGGCAAGGGCGACACCCGUGUGUUCCUCUAUGAGCUGCUGCCGGAGACCCCUUUCUUCCUGGAGUGUAACUGCUUCACCUCCCCGGACCCCCACAAGGGCUUUGCUCUUCUGCCCAAAAGGGAGUGUGAUGUGAGGGACGUGGAGUUUGCCCGGUGCUUACGACUCCGCCAGACCUCCCUGGAGCCCGUUGCUUUCCGGCUACCCCGAGUCAGGAAAGAGUUCUUCCAGGAUGAUGUGUUUCCAGAAACGGCUGUGACCUGGGAGCCCGCCCUCACUGCCCAGGCUUGGCUGGGGGGAGCCAACGGGCAGCCCCGGCUUUUCAGCCUGCAUCCUUCCGACAUGAUCCCAGUGAGCCAGGCCCCCCGGGAAGCCCCCACCCGCCGGGCCCCCUCAGCCGUAUACCUGGAAGAGAAGACGGACCAGCAGAAGAAAGAAGAGCUGCUCAGUGCCAUGGUGGCGAAGCUGGGCAACCGUGAGGACCCACUGCCCCAGGACUCCUUUGAGGGAGUGGAUGAAGAUGAGUGGGAUUAGCUGCCCACUGGCCUGUAGCCACUCUGCACCUCUUGGAGCCCUGGUGCCACCGCCAUCCCACACUGCGCACUGCCUGCACCCUGCUUUCUGGGGGAAUAUGCUUCAUCUUGCCACUGCCUGCUCGCAUGUGGAGUCGAGUGGGGAGCGCAGUCCCCAGACAGGCUCUGGGAUCCCUGUGUCCCCUUCUGCGACCUGGGCUGGCCCUGGCCUGGCCUGACUCUACCCAGAAACCUGCUGGGGUUUUUUUUUUUUAUUUGUUUUUUAACCUGUCCCCUCCCCCAUCGUGCCUGCUGCCCUAGUUCCUGUGGACUUGGGGGCUGGUCCCCACCACCAGGCGUUUUGAAGCAGCACUGCUGACCUCAGGGGCCUGGGCUCCCAGGCGUGAAGCCAGGAACGGGCUGUCACUGAGCGCAUGGCUUAGUUCACUGAGCCUUGCAGGCCUGCACCUUCCCAGAUGUUUCAUCUAUUAAACUUUUCUAAAGAUGC